AUGCGAACGACUGCCCUCAGAAUCGCCGCCGUCCUAGCGACGCUCUUAUCCGUCGUCUCCGGCCGUCCCCACGAGCUACGCGGCGCAAAAAUCCUCCAGAGAGCCGACGAAGUCGAUGAAGAAUAUGACUACAUCAUCGUCGGCGCUGGAACGGCGGGGUUGACUGUUGCCGAUCGACUUACAGCCGAUGGGAAGACUACUGUUCUGGUUAUCGAGUACUGCCAUGUUAUCUCCAAUGAGGUCACCCGUGCCGGCGGCGGACGCAACUUCAACGACCCCGGAAUCCGCUACAACAUCACUUCCGUCAAACAACCAGACAUGCACAACCGCACCCAGGCCGUCCGGAUUGGAUGCUGCGUCGGCGGAAGUUCCGCCAUCAACGGCAUGGUUGCCGUCCGUGGAACGAGGAGCGAAUAUGACGGGUGGGCUGAACUAGGCGGCCCCGACUCUACCUGGAACUGGGAGGGCGUCAUCCCCUACUUCCGAAAGGCCAUGCACUUUACGCCGCCGGAGGAAGAGCUCGCCAAAACGUUCAAUAUCACCUGGGACCCCGAUGCGUGGGGCAUGGAAGAAGACACACACAUCUACGCCUCCUUCCCGACGUACCAGAACCCCAGCAUCAUCCCAAUGUACAACGCCAUGACCAAGAUGCCCAACAUGGAUGUCCCCCUCGACGGCGCCAACGGCAACAACGGCCUCUUCUGGUUCCCCUCCAGCCUCGAUCCCAAAACCUACUGGCGCUCGUACGCCCGCACCGGCCACUACGACGGCAUAAUCGACGAGCGCGACAACCUUGCCGUCAUCACCCGCCACAAAGUGCGUCGCAUCCUGUUCGACGACGACCUCGCCGCCACGGGCGUCGAGUUCUUCCCGCGUGAUUCCGAUGCCGCCGAGCCGGAGGAGGGAGAGGAGGAGGGGGAGCAGGAGGAGAAGCGGCCAGUCAGCAAGACCGUCAAGGCGAGGAAGGAGGUGAUCCUAUCGGCCGGCACGGUGCACACGCCCCAGAUCCUCCAGCUGAGCGGUAUCGGCCCCAAGGAUCUCCUCGAAGAGGCCGGCAUCGAAGUCCUCGUCGACAUCCCCGGCGUGGGACAAAACUUCCAGGACCACGCCUACCUAAGCGUCGGAUAUCGCUGGGCCAACGGAGCUCCCCCGGCCCCCAACGUAACCGUCAACGGCGACCCACGCACCAAUUCCUCCCCCAACCUCGGCGCCUGGGUUGGCCUGCCCACGGUGACCGAGGACUUUGAAGAAAUCGCCGCCCGCUACGAGGCGCAGGAUCCCGCCGAGUUUCUGCCUCCGAAUAGCCACCCCUGGGUGGUCGACGGAUACGCCGACUUCCAAAAGCUGCACGCGAAGCUCCUCCGCAGCAAGAACACAAACAUCCUCUGGUACCCACUUAGCGGCGGCGCUGGAGGCAUCGUCAUGAGCAUGCACGUAGUCAGCCACGGCACCAUCAACAUCGACCCAGCGGACCCGGAGAACGAGCCCAUCGUGGACUACCGGGCGCUUUCGAACCCCGUCGACUUGGACAUCAUGGUUGAGAACAUUAGAUUCCUGCGUAGGUAUAUGGCUAGCGAGGAUUUCGCCGAGUAUGAGCCAGAGGAGACGAUGCCGGGUAUCGAUGUCGAGGGGGAGGAGCUGAGGGAGUGGAUAAGGGAGGUGUUGAUUCCGACGAAUUUCCAUCCUAUUGCGACGGCGGCGAAGAAGCCUAAGGAGAAGGGCGGUGUCGUUGAUGAGGAGUUGUUCGUGCAUGACGUUAAGAGGUUGAGGGUUGUGGAUGGGUCGAUUAUGCCACUGUUGCCCGGUGCUAAUACGCAACAACCUGUGUAUAUGCUUGCUGAGAAGGCUGUUGAUCUCAUCAAGGCCCGCAAUGGUGGAGAUGCCGAAACUGAGGAGCCCGAGGCGGGCGAGGAAGGGCAGGAGCCUGUCGAGGAGGCUCCCGAGGCACCUGAAGAAGAAGGAACCGAAGAAGAGCCCGUUGAAGAAGAGGCACCAGUCGAGGAGGCUCCUGGCGACGACGAGGGAUCUGAACACGAUGAGUAA